GUUUAGCUACUUCUUCACAUUGACAUUCAGAUUUCAUGCAAACAAUUCAAUGCGGUUUCUGACUUAGAAAUUGUUGUCAUAAUUAAUUUAUGAUGCCACAGCAAACGGUCGUCAGCAAGGUGAACGAAUCAACAAUAAGAGUGCCAUUUGAUACGCCGGAGCAUGCAAAGAUAGCCUUCCGGGUAUUGAGUGUCGACCAGGAACCCCGCCGAAACUUUGUGCAGAAAUCACUAAGCCUAGAGGACGAUGUGCUUGUAGUGCACUUUAUUGCCGAUCAAGUAAAGAAUUUACGCACUGCUAUAACAUCGUUCUUUGAGUGCCUGCUAUUGUGCCAGGAUACCAUUAAACUGUUUGGCGAGCAGCCCCAAUCGCAGCUGAAUAACAAUGCCGGAACACAGUCCAGCGCCGACUCCACAUAGAGCAAUCUAUGGUUUUG